AAACGAACAGCGCUCUUGACCGCCUUGAAAACAAUAUUUACAAGUGAAAAACGAAACGAACCCCACGCAAUAUAUCCAACGGGGUCGUGUGUGGCGCGUAAGAAUUUGUGCGAGUGAUAAGAUAUUUAUUGAUAAAAAAAAGAGUAUCUCUGUUACGGCAAAAGGAACAAAGCGAUGAGUGACGGCAAAAGUUUAACGCUCUGCAGUCUGGUGCUUCUGCUGCUGGUGCUGCUGCUGGCAGAGUGCUCCCAUGCCAAACCCUCAAAGGAUCCGGCCAGCACCAGUGACUCGGAGCUCAGUGAUUUGAGUGGAGCGGCAACCAGAAAUAAAACAUCUGUCAGAGCUGCUGGCGAGGAGUAUGUCGACUCGGAUGCGGACUCGGGCUCGUCGGAGCUGACGCCAAAUGCGUUUCCCCACCGCGACGAGGAUCAGCUGAACUCGGCCACCAAUCUGGUGCUGGCGCGCAACUACAAGUACGACGUGGAGAUACUCGAGUCGGGCGAUGCAGAGGAUGAUAGCCAGUCGGCGGCCAGCGAGGAGCUGGAGGAACGCUUCAAGAGUCACGGCAUUCUCGCACCGGACACGGAGGCAUUCACCGCGGAGAACAUUGAGAUGCAGCCCGUGGACGUGGAGGCCGAUGCCAUCAGCGAGAGUCACAUGCUGCUGGGCAUCAUUGCCGUGGUCUUGGCCUUGGUAUCGAUCUGCCUGUACGCCGGUCUCGUCAUUUGGCGUUCACAUCUGGAGCAACGCUAUGGCAUGCGGGAGCGGCUGGUUAAUCGCGAUCUGGAGGAGGAUGGCGAGGGCAUUGACGAUCUCGAUUAUCAUGUGUAUGCACCGACCACAACGCCGGCUACGACGCGUGCGUAGUCCGUUUGCCUGUUGUCUGCUUCCGUCUGUGUGUGGGCUGACAGACAGACAGACAGACAUUACUAGGCUUAAGCUCAAUUUAAAAUGUGCACUGAGCAAGUGCAGCCGCUGGCCUGCAAGUGAGCGAAAUUGUCUAAUGAAUGCCAUAAAUUGCGGUCCGUUUCCCUUCCCCAUAUUGCCAUUCUCCAUCGCAAUUACAUUCACCUGUCUGAGAGUGCGACUGGAAAUGCAUUCCACUUGCCCAAUUAACCGCAUCGCACACUCUCGAUCGCCAGUACAGUACGUGCCAAAGGUCGCUUUGGCCUCCUUCCCUCCUUCCCGAGCACUCUGCAGCAGUUGACAAAGCCAAUUAGCUUGUAAGAUUUCUUGUGAUAUAUUGUUAUAGAGAUUCUUUUGUACUUUUGUAACUUGUACUAUUUGUAUUUCGUAAUAAACCAACGAUUUGAAUGCUGUCUAGGUAUUGCAUUCAAACGAAUGUAAACCAA